AUGCGCUGGGUGUGCUCUAUGACAUUCGCGGUGACAGAUCGAAGGGCGGGCUCGGAAAGGCGGGAAAGUUCGAUUAGGCGCGCGCGCAAUUCAGAAAUGUCGGCGCGCUCGUUUUUACCGCGACGGGGCUCAAUUAGACGUCAUUAUUCAGACCCUAGUCUCGGCUUUACGCUACACACAUGCGAUGCGGCGAAUGUGAAAUCUGCAAUGCGUUGCCGUCGGUUUCCCCGCGACGCGACGGCGCCACCGUCGCACGUCGAUGUGCGGCGCCAAACAUCGCGC